GUCGCGCUCCUGUCUGUUGUGAUUCGGCUGAAGAAGGGUUUGUGUUUUUAAACAUUUACACUUUUUACAUCAGUGUAAACCGUUGAGUCUUAGUUUUUACAAGCGAUAAUUCAUUAAGCAGGGAGGGCUUAGUUCAAGCCAGGAUUUUGCCGUAGUUCAGUCAUUGAAGUAGUUUUUAUAAAACUGUGUUAGAAAAAACAUUACUGUUGUUCGUCUUGAGACAAAACAAAGGCACUGAUAUAUUUUAAGAUCAGUCGGUGCACGUUUCUUUCUGGAGAAAGCGCUCAGACUGUGAAACUUGUAGAUUGUCCAAACAGACAGAAAAACUCCUGAGAUCCACACACUGUUAUAAAGAUGGAGUUUAUUAAAGAGGAGAGAGAAGAUGUGAAGAUUGAAGAAACAUUGAGAGUCAAACAAGAAGAUACUGAGGAACAAACAGACCUCAUGCUGCUGAAAGAGGAGCGCAUAGUACCGAAUGAAACGGAGGAGGAAGAACAAUGUGACACUCAUCAUGAUUUUAAAACCGAAAAAGAAUCUUUCAGUUGGCCACAGAUUAAAGAGACUUUCUCACAGAAAACAGCUCAUAAAACUGGAACUAAAAAUUAUUUCAGUGAACAUGGAAACCUUAAGGUCCCCCUGAAAAUUUACACUGGAGGGAAGACAUUCUCCUGCCAACAGUGCGGAAAAAGUUUCAAGCAUAAAGGAGACCUUAACAGGCACAUGAGAAUCCACACUGGAGAGAAUUCUUUUACCUGCCAACAGUGUGGAGUCAGUUUCACAUAUAAAGGAAACCUUUACAGGCACAUGAGAAUUCACACUGGAGAGAAUUGUUUUACCUGCCAACAGUGUGGAGCCCGUUUCACAUAUGAAGGAAAACUUAAAGAGCACAUGAGAAUUCACACUGGAGAGAAGCCUUACACCUGCCAACAGUGUGGAGUCAGUAUCACAUAUGAAGGAAACCUUUACAGGCACAUGAGAAUUCACACUGGCGAGAAGCCUUACACUUGCCAACAGUGUGGAGCCCGUUUCACAUAUGAAGGAAAUCUUAAAGAGCACAUGAGAAUUCACACUGGAGAGAAGCCUUACACCUGCCAACAGUGUGGAGUCAGUUUCACACAUAAAGGAAACCUUUACAGGCACAUGAAAAUUCACACUGGAGAGAAGCCUUACACCUGCCAACAGUGUGGAGUCAGUUUCACAAAUAAAGGAAACCUUUACAGGCACAUGAAAAUUUCACACUGGAGGGAAAUCUUACACCUGCCAACAGUGUGGAGUCAGUGUCACUCAUGAAAGAAACCUUAAAGAGCACAUGAGAAUUCACACUGGAGAGAAGCCUUACACCUGGUAACAGUGUGGAGUCAGUUUCACACAUAAAGGAAACCUUAAAGUGCAUUUGUGAUCCUGGACUACAAAAUCAGUCAUAAGGGUAAAUUUCUAGAGACUGAGAGUUAUACAUCAAAUAAAUAAAUAAGCUUUUCAUUGAUAUAAGGUUUAUUAGGAUUGAAGAAUAUUUGGCGAAGAUACAACUUUAUGAAAAUAUGGAAUUUGAGGGUGCAAAAAUAUCUAAAUACUGAGAAAAUUGCCUUAAAAGUUGUCUUAAUGAAGUUUUUAGCAAUGCAUAUUACUAAUCAAAAAUUAAGUUUUGAUAUAUUUAGAGUAGGAAAUUU